CCCUGUUGGCGUUCGUGGCAUGGAUACACAGACAGCUGAGUGCAUGCACGCCGGGUGGAUGAGGGCACACAUGACUCAUUUGUCUGUGAGUAUCCUGUAUCCCUCCCAGUCUGGCGGGGCCUGGUAGUUGAAGUCCCUCAUGUGAUUGAGCAGCACCAGCGACGGGCCAUCCUCCGCUGGGCCAGGCAGCUCAUCCUUCAACCUGAUAAUGACACACAUCAGUCGCUACAGACAGCGACAUUGCGCUUACUGCAGAUCUGCAUACUUGUCCAGCAUGUCUCUUGCCUCUAUCCAGCUGCCCUUUUCAUAGCAACUGAAUGCCUCGCUGCAAGUGUAUAGGGGAAGGAAGGAAAAACACCCAUGGAAAGGGGCACUCAUAUGAAUCAUAGUGGCUGGCUCACUUGAAUCGCCCCACGAAUCCCUUGGGUAUGUAUGCCCGCAUGCUGCGGAGGUCCACAUCGGUUUGAAACAUACCCGCUAUCUGCACAGCAACAAGACAACAGCCGCAAGUGACUACCACUUCUUUUGUGCCUCUCCCUCCUUCCUUUCGUCGUACAUCGUUGUCUGGGUUCCAGAAACCUCUUUUGCGCAUCGCUUUCCGCUUCGACUCCUUCAGCUUCUUGUGCGCCAUGUAUGCCUUGUAGUGAUCCGGGUCGCUUGCGGCCAGCUGCUUUUCUUUCGUAUCGGCCUUGACCUUGCCCGUUGACGACUGAAGACCACACGCAAAACGAGGCAAGGAAAGGAGAUAUGCACAUUCACAUUGGAUGAACGGAUGGUGGCACUCACCCGCAGGGCGUCGGCAUUGAGGUCAACUGUCCAGAGGUGCAUGGGCCUCUUGGAGCCCUUGACGGUCACACAAUCGAUGUGACGGCACUCUUCCUGCGUGGAGGCAUUCAAACAUCACACAUGCGGACGGACCGAGAAAAGCGCCUCUCUGCUUGUUCACCCUGAAGGUGGGCGUCAUGGUAUCGACAAUCUCGCCCGAGACAAGAAUGGGUACGCCAAACUGCUUGGUGGCCGCCUCGAGCCGCGACGAUAUGUUGACGUUGGGGGAAAGGUAGGAGGCGUCGAUCUUGUACAUGGACCCGAUUGCACCCUCGAUGGCCCAGCCCAUGUGCAGACCGAAGCCCAUGCGGACGCGGUAGUUCUUGCCCAGACGGGCAAGCAGGCCCUCAUGGCGGCUGUAGGCGGAGAUCACCUCAGACUGACAAAGGCGACACUCCAAUCCACUCACUUGUGCGUGUGUGUCAUCUCUCAUUAACGGCACCGACAGUGAUCUCUCACCUUCUUCAUCUCAGAGAUCAUUUUGAGGUAGGACAUGAGCGCGAGCUCGGCCAGUCGGGCGACAAUGUCGUUGUCGAUGACCUGCCGUAUCAGCGCGCUGGGGUUCUGCGGGUCGUCUUUGUCAGCCACGAGACUGAACUCGACUUCCUUGCCUGUCCACGGGUGUCUCUCGGGUAUCUUCCACACCAACAGAAAGGCAUCCCCGAUGUUCUUGUUGGCCGUGCCGCUGAAAUCGUCACAGAUGCCGUGGACCACCUCGGCUAUCUGGUUGACGAACACCAUCACCUGACACACACAUACACAACGCAAGACAAGAGCAGUCAGAGCUGGGGGGAGUGUUCGUGUCCUCUGUGUGUGAGUUCACUCCUUCUUUGAGUAUCUCGGUGGCAUCAGUGAAGUUGCGGAUGUCGCAGAACCCGAAGAUGCAAGUCACUUUGCGGCCGGGGAUGAGCGGGUCGACUGUCUCGGCGGACUCGAUGUUCUUGCUGAUGAUUGCCGUGCCGGCCUCUCCGAAGCCGAGAGCCAUUAAUGUGCCGAUCUUGACAAUCGUCUUCUCGAGUAACACAGUCUCCAUUGGCUCGGUUUCCUGUUUUUUGCCCACGGGGUUCAUGCCGACCAUUCCAUAGAAGCAGUUCUGCAUACCGAGAAAACAGCGCUGCCACCUGAUAAAAGGGACACGGCACGGCUGUGUUCGCAUCCAAUGGUGGGCAAGCUCGUUGUCUAUCUGCCUACACGAGCAGCGCCCUGGGCGUGCCGGCAUGGCUGUCUUGUCGUGUCAUUGCUCCAGUCUGCUGCGGGGCGAUCUUGGUGGUGCGGCGACGAGAUGUUUUGCGCGACUUCUUGAACUCGCUGACUUCUUUUUCCAGGAACUCGUGCUCCAUCUUGGCCGCCUCAAGAGGAUUGCGGCUGCAUUGACACGGGUCUUUCAUUACCAUAUGCACGUUCGCAUCUGUGCCGUUGUUAUUGUACCGGAUGACGUCGAGCCGAUUCAUCAUCUUCUCAAGGGGAUCGAGGACCAAUGUCUGGGCAUCGUUGGAAAACAUGAUGGCACCUGAUUGAGACACACACACGAAGGGAUUGUGUGAUUCAUCUGCGGUACAUGCAAGCGUCAGAUACUCUACCAGCUGCGACAAUCUGUGAGGACACAUAACAGAGACACGCACAGGUACGCGUGAAGGAGGAUGUCUCGUGAAUGGAUGUCUCGUGCAUCCAUCAUUGCAUUCACUCCUCACCACACAGAUGAAGACGGUCUGAGCAAUGGAGAGGGCGGCUUGAAAGGUCGUGAACGGACGCAAAUCAAAGGUCACCUACACACCAAACAAAAACCAAGACUCUCUUCAACGCACAAGUCGUCUAUUCCUUCUUUCAGGUGUCGCACUUCGUGGAAUUCUCCCUCGACGAGCAUCAUCUCGCUGCGCCGCAAGUCAUCGAGGCUGUCUAUCACGUCAGUGACCAGCACACCAUCCUCGCUCGCCGCCUCAACAGACGUAAGAGCGGCCAACGGCUUCUGCACCCAAACACAGGUGUGGCCAGCUUCCUGACAGCUGCAUAUACGCGUUGGACGUUGGGUUAACACACAUACCGCAUCGUCGAAGGUGAAUAGGACGAAAUCAGCGCCAUUGACAUCAACUUCUGAUCUGUCCACUGGUGCUGCCGCCAGUGGCACAGGCAGCCUCAUCUGCACCGCAUAGCCGUGUGUGCCAUCGUCCUGAUCCGAAGCACAUACACACAGAAGGCCAUGCUGGCCGGCGGCAAAGUGAGUUGGAAGCGACCUUGUGGAAGGAAAGGAAGCUCAGCACGCUGGUGUUCCACCCGGCAUUCGUGACGACAGGAUCGAUCGCCCACAUCCUGGAAACAACCAGAGGGGAAGAAGAAAUGUGAACACAUCCAUCACAUGUAUUCGCCUCCCGGUGUGUAUCUCACGCACACGUCAAGCUGUUGGACUCCAUAGAGACUCGAAACUGCAAACUGCUCGCGCCACAGAUUCUGAGAGGCAGCAGAGUGGCAAAGACAAGGAAGAGACGGACAGCGUAUCGUGUCUCAGCCUGAUGAUGCGCACCGUACCGCAUCGAAGAGUGGUAUGAGUAGCAGCAUGGCCAGCACCAUGACAAUCACACGCUUGGUGGUGCGGUCAGACAGCUUCUUGCCCACACGGGUCUCGGGAAGCUGUAUGCACACAUACACACAUACACACAUACAGGCAUAGACACACCAGAGCAGAGCCCUUUCUAAUGUCUGUUUCCUACCCCUUCCGCCACUGUCGUGUGCGUCAAACUUGCAGGCGGCUCAUUCACCUCCAGGUCCAUCUCUAGCUCGUCACCAGCCUUCAAAUCCUGUGCCUGCGGCAAGGCCAGGUCGUUAAGCUUGCCACGAGUCAGCAUGUUCUUACUUUCUGCUUUUCCUGUUUGUCUUCGAGCUUCUCGUGUUCUUUGUGAUCAAUUCGCAUCACCGCCACCUUGUACAACUUGAUGAUACGCACGAGACGAAUUAUGCGGCCGGCCCGGCUGCCCGCACGUGCGGCCCGGCCGGCGCUGGAUGCGGUCGACGUGCCCAUUUGGCCCUGAAGAGCGGCGUCGACCGCAGAGAUAUCAAGGAUCAUGGAUGAUGUAGCGAUAAAGUCCUGCAAGAGACAUAGAUGUGGAGACGCAUGACGAGGCGUGUUUGUCACUAUCGCGGUUUCUGUCGUGCUCUCAUCUCCUUACAGUCCAGAAAAAGAAGUGGGGGAAGUAGUCUUUUUGGCCGAUGGACAGCAGGAUCAUCUCCAGAGCAAAACACACGAUGCCAAUGAUCGUCAAAUAGUCCAGAGCAAUGUCUUCAUGCUGAGCGGAGCACACACUCGUGACGAGGCGGCUCCGCAAUCAGGUCACAUUCUUACGGCUGAAAGGCCCGCCAGCCACACGUCCUUCCCGAAAAGAGCGAAAACGACCAGUACGGUCAUGAAGGUUGUGGUGUACGGAUUGUCAGUCAACUUGCGGCAGACGACCUGCAACAAGGAACACGGCAAGGAGACAUGUCCUACCCUUCUUCUGUACCCAUCCCCGCCUACACAGUUACUUUGUAUGUGGGCUCUUUGGUCUCCCCCAUAAGCGAUCGUUGCCAGAAGCUGGUGGCCACACUCUUCAUCGACCGCUCCUCCUCUUCCUGCGGCGAGUCCAGCUGACUCAGCCGCAUUUUUGCCGAGUCCCUUCUCUUGCCUUUUUCAUCCGUCGCUGUGGAGGGACUGUCCUCUCCGGCAUAGUGAUGGGCGUCGCCGAAACUGAUGCUGGGAACGCCCAUUUGGUGCUCGGCAAACAGGGUCCGCACAGGGAUGGGUGGUGCGGAAUGAUCCGCCCUCAGCAGCGGUGGCAGUGCGGCAUGGUCGGUGAUAAUGGUAUCCCGGUGCUGAGAGGCCAUGCCGAUGUAGUACCUCUCCUCCUCGCAGUCAUCGUUCCUGGAGAGGUUUGACUUUGAGAGCUCCCUGUCGCUUUCAGUUUCUGGGGCGUGAGGGAGGAGGUGCGGAGGGCCUGGUCCGUUGUCGUCAGCCGGCAGGAAGACGCCAGGUUCGGAAUGGGCGGAACGGGCGCUCAUGGGUGAGGGGGGCGAAAUACUGAGCCUCAGCUGUGGAGGAGCCUCGCCAUUCAUGUGGAUCUCUCUCUGAAGGGAAACAGGCUGAUGGACGAACGGAG